UGCUGCAUAUAAAUAAACACUGGGCGUGGCUUGCAAACAACCUUAGUCACAUAUUGCAUGGAGGGCGUGUCCAUCUGCAUAGAGAGAAAUCUCUACAGAAACCGAGAUGACACAUGUUGAAGUAAAAUCACUGGAUGUGAUUCUUGACAACGAGCAGAGAGAUGGUUACUGCUCUGGUGAAGUAGUUUCUGGACAUAUUUCUCUCAAACUCUCGGAGACCACAACAGUCAAAACCAUAAAAAUAUUACUGAAGGGAAAUACUCAGGUGAGUUGGGUGCAUAAACGAUCCCGCUUUUCCGAAGAGAGGAAAUGUCUCCUUUUAUCCAAGACACUUGUUGCAACAACAGAUACCCGUGACCUCAUCUUUGAUAGUGGCACAUAUGAGAUCCCUUUUGAUCUGCAACUACCUCAAAGGUCUUUGGUUUCCUCUUUCUCUGGGAAAAAUGGCUGCGUUUACUACAUGAUGCAGGCAGUUUUAAAAAGGCCUUUUCAUGAGAGUCAGUGUGUUAACAGAGAACUCCGCAUCGUCUGUCAUAUCGAUGUCAGUGUGCCAACAUUAAUUUCUCCAGUGUCACAAACCUGUAAGAAGAUGAUUGGCUGUUGGAUCUUUACUUCUGGUCCCAUCUCACUGACUGCCAGCAUAGAAAGACAAGGUUAUUGCAAUGGAGAAUCAAUCCCAAUCUAUGCUCUGAUUGAGAACCGCUCAUGUUGUCUAGUUGUGCCAAAAGCGGUGAUCUACCAGAUACAGACUUAUACAGCCAAGGGUAAAACAAAAAGCAUCAAACAGUUGGUUGCCAGUGCUAGAGGAAAUCCAGUGGCAUCUGACACUACCAGCAGGUGGAAUGGAAACCCAUUAAAGAUUCCCCCAGUUUCUCCCUCCAUUCUUAAUUCAGACAUCCUGAGACUGGAAUACUUACUUGCAGUUAUUGUUCAGAUACCAGGUGCCAAAAAUCUAGAAGUGCAACUUCCAGUGGUGAUUGGUACCAGUGGUCAUGGCAUGAGCAGUCAUUCUUUUGUGAACAUGAGCUUGCUAUACCCCACAUUUACCCUUCCAGACAUACCUGAAGCCCCUCCCAGCUAUGCAGAGGUUGUGUCAGAAGAACAAUUUGAGGAGCACAGAUCUUCAACCUCCCAGUCACAACCAGACUGGCUGCUAGAUGGCUCAGCAUUCGCUUGCAUUCAGCAGUUCCUCCUCCAGCCUCCUCCUCCUUAUUCAGAGAUUUGUGGACAGUGAACAGUAAGCUUAUAACCAAGGUUAUUUUUGUGGAGGAGACGAAAUAACCACCUUGUGCCUUAAUAACAUGAUUUAUUUUUAUUUUGGAUUGCAGCUGAAAUGUUUGUUUUGGUCAUGAGCUUGUCAAAGUUAUGAAAGCGGUAGUCAAACACAUCCAGACUAUGCAUGUUUUGUCCACUUUGCAAUUUGGGUUUGUUUUUUUUUUUUCUGUAAUUUCCUGUCUGUUCUUGUGAUAUCAACUAUUUAAAGCAAUCCAUAAACUGCACAUAAAAACAAAACUCUAAUUCACACCCAACAGCUUAACUGGAUGAUUUCUGGCACUGUGGACGAGACUUGUAAAGUCUGUCUUUGUCCCGAUUUUCCGCUGAUUUCUGUUCAGUUUUUAAAAGUCUUGUAGUGUAUUCCAGCCUUAAGUGAUCCUACUGUGAUGGCUUAAAGAAAAUUGUUAAUUCUUGGAAUUUGUUCAUAAUGUCUAAUUACUGUGGUUGUUUAUUUAUCACUGAUGCACUAAACUCUUUAUAUUGUAAGGGGUUGCUUUGGGUCCAGGUUGAGAUAUCACAACUAUAUAUUCUCAUAAAAAAAAUAAAACCGUCACUGGGACGUUACCCUUCAAAGGUA